AUGCCAUACAAAGCUAGUAUCUAUCGGCAAGCAAUGGUCAGUACCUUAUAUCUGUCGAAUCUACCGUCGAGGCCCGACUCAUUGUCCAAAUUCAGAGCCUUACUACUAUCAAGUGUUAAUUCAGAUCAUCGUUCUAUUUCAAAUGAUGUUAGUACAAGAUUCGAUCUGAACUCGAAGAAAGAAACUAGUGAGGCUGAUGCGGUUACACCAGUACUCGAUGAAAAGUAUCAGAUCAUAGAGGUAUCAAGGUAUGGCUCAAGACCCUUGAGGAGGUCUUGUUUCGUCACUUUUAAGGACUCAGACAGUUGUAAUACGUUCCUUAUAGAAUUUCAAGGCAAGCUCAAGAUUAAUGGGAGAAAGAUAAAUAUAAAGCUGGCGAAUACGGAUUCUUUCGCAGCUUUGUACUACCAGGGACAACAGAAACAGCUACAGGAUGAACUUCGGUUACGUACACGUAAAGCUGUGGAUAAUUCACAGCCCAAGACCAAGACAAAAAACGAAGUGUUGAAAAGAAGGUUAAGAAGAGCUAGAAGUAAGCUUAGAAAGAAGGAUUUGGACGAAGAAACCAUACAGAAGCUUCUUUCAAAGCCCAGAAAAACAAAUCCUGAAGGUACCAACAAGACUGCUAUGUCACAGCAGUCGGAGAAAGUUUCCUCCACUAAAAAAGUCUUUGACAUUGUCGGAAAUCCCCCUCACCAUGUCCUAUUGGUUCAAAAUCUUCCAAAAGAUGUUACUCAGCAAGAAUUGGAAAAGUUAUUUGUCUCAGAUGGAUUUAAAGAGGUUAGAUUGGUCAGUGUCAGAAAUCUUUGCUUUGUUGAAUAUGAUUCUACAGCAAAUGCCACUAAAGUUGUUGAAACCUUAGGUCAUGAUCAUCCAUUCAAGAAUGUAACGAUAAAGAUUGGAUACGCCAAGAAAUGA